AUGGAGACCCCACGCCGCAAUCGGAAUCGUGCUGCAUGUCGGAGAUGCCAACGCCGAAAAAUUAAGUGUGAUGGGACUCUACCCCAAUGCACCUCAUGCAAAAAGGCAAAUGUGACUUGCAUAAACGACGGGAAGCAAGAGGUUAAUCGAACUUACAUCGCCAGCUUGCAAAAACGCGUUCAAUGGCUCGAAUCACUGGUGCGUGAGCAGGGUAGAAGUAUAGAAGCUGGGCCGCCCCAGUCGGUGGAUCUUGCACAUUCUGAACCUCCACUUGAGGAAGAUCACACCUUCACCCGCUCUGUUACUUCACAGACUCGAAAUGAAGAGACCGGGCCUGAGCGACAUAUGGAAGACAAUCAGCCUUCCCGCACAUCAAGACAAGCUCAUGAAAUUGGACUAGUGUCUCUGUCUUCCGGCGGCGAGGCAAGAUAUAUCGGACCCUCGAGUGGCUACUUCCUUGCAAAUCUCGUUUUUUCUAGUGCUGGUCGACGAAUGGGACCAACAGGAGCGACUAGCAGCUCAAAUGAACCGAUUUCGUUAUCGACGGAGCUAUUCAACAGCCCUGCUCCAUUACCAACCAGGAAAGAGGACGCCAUCGAGUUGUCAUCGAAAUAUUUCUCUUCCGUCCAUCUCACCUACCCAUUUUUACACGAGCCAUCUUACAUGCAGAAGCUGGAAAAAAUGUACAAUGAUACGGAUCUUGAUCCUUCCGCUGCAUUUCAUGUAUACAUGGUGCUGGCGAUAGCUGCCUCGGAUUUAUCUCGGCGCUUCAGACUUCGAUUGCCUGCAGAGGGCUAUUACACUGCGGCUACCAAGCACUUUGAGGGGGCAUGUGCUGAUGGCUCCUUGGAAGGGCUGCAAAGCUCCCUCCUUCUCAUGGUCUAUGCUCUCCACAAUCCUUCCUGUGGAAUGAAUAUUUGGAGCCUCAAUUAUCAAUGCCUGGGCGCUCUAAUUGACCUAGGACUUCAGCGUGAUGUACGAGUGUCUUCAAACUUCCCAAUAUCUUUCUUGGAGCAAGAGAUGAGGACCCGGAUUUUCUGGGUAGUCUACACCUUUGAUCGAACGUUGGGCACAAUGAUGGGCAGACCAAUUGGAAUUCGAGAUGAGGCAUGCGAGCUUCGACUACCAUCAGAUGUUGCCGAUCAAUUUCUCGCUGAGUCGGCUGUUGAAGAAAGGCCCGACCAAGCCCGACCAUCCCAUAUCACAUACUCCAUUCAUCUCUUCAAGCUAGCGCGGAUGAAUUCCGAGAUCAAAUAUGUCAUGCACAGCAUUUGCAGAGAUCCACCAAAAUACGCAUACCCUCCCGUUGCUGAUAUCUAUCAGUGGCAGAGGGAAAUGAUCGACAAUCUCCAGUCUUGGCUACUUGAUAUUCCUCGGGCAACAGGAAUGGAGCCCAUCGCCAAGAUCUGCGAAACAAAAUUUCACGAGAUGAUGAUCUUGAUCUUGCGGCCAAGUCCUGGUAUUCCAGAGCCCUCAGAUGACCUACUCGCAAGAUGUUUUCAGCAUGCAGUCGAGCUCCUCCGUGGCUUCGGAGAACUAUACCGACAAGAAGCGCUGUUAUAUAGCAGGCUCAUUGUGCACUCCAUCUUUCUGAGUACACUCAUCAUGCUUCAUAGUAUCUGGAGACUGCCCAAGAUUGCAUCACAGGCUCAUAUUGACGAUGUGGUGGCUGACACAGGUAUCAGCUUGAAUAUCCUCAGCAGUAUCGGGGAGUACUGGACGGAAGCUAAGCGGGCAAGGGACUGCAUCCACGAGCUGUCAGGUGCUACUAUCCAACGCUUAAUCAAAGUUCGAAGCCUUGAUAAGUCUCCGCGGGCUACAAGGGCUCAACCACAGAGCUCAAUGCAAGCGCAUCCAGGAAACGCAGUAGCUGAAGAAUUUCCAGAGCAGGUCGAUUCGGCCAUUGGUAUUGUGCCGUCAAUGAAUUCACUUGGAGAUGACUAUGAUUUGAAUCUGGAUAGCUCAACCUGGUUCAAUGAUUCAUUACCUGGGGGUUUCAUGGAUUUUGCUGGGGCGCCAGACUUUGACAGCCUCAUGUGGGAUGUGUUCAACAAUAAUUAA